AUGAAUUUCCUAAGGAAUACUAUAGGUAGUAAUAGCAAUAAUAACAGUAACAACAACAAUAACAAUAACAAUGGAAUAAGUAAUAGUUUUAAUAGAUUAAGUAUAAAUGGUGAUGGCGAUGUUGGCUCGAGUGGUGGUGGAAGUGGUAGUGGUGGUAGCAAUGCAAACAAUAGAUUCGAUUUCGAAUUGGUAGAGUUUGAUCCAUAUGGUAAACCGGCAACUAACAACACAAAUAGUGCAUCAGCAACAUCAUCUUCAUCGAAUUCUAAUUCAACAACAACCACUACUACAACUACUACAACAACAUCAUCUUCACCAUCUUCACCAACACCUAAAUCACCAACAACAAAAUCGAAAUCAAACAAAAUAAGUACAAAUCCAUUUCUUAAGGAUGAAGAUGAGGAAGAGGAGAUUGCCAUUGAAAGAUUGCCGAUCGAUGAGAAUCAACGCACACCACUGAUCACUCAACAACAAUCGAUUGAGGAUAUGUUUGACAGUAUCGAUCUCUUUAGCAACCAGACACCCCAUCCCGAUGAAUUCGAACAACUCUUCCUACAUGGAAACAGACCAUCUGAUUUACAACAAAUGAGAAGCAGUAGCAGUGGAACAGCAACAGCAACAACAACAACAACAACAGUAACAUCGCCAACAACAGCAACAUCACAACAACAACAACAACAACAACAAUCAUCAAUAUCACCAGUAUUACAAACACAAUCAUCAUCCAAUUCAACCAAUUCCAACAAAAAUAAUAAGAUAAAUAUUAGUCAUGAUUUAGAUCCAUUUUCAUCGGCUAUGGGAGAUGAUGAUGAUGAUCAGUUAUCAAUUGAUAAAUCACCUAUCUUGGUACCAAAGUUGUCAAAGAAGGAUUUGAUUGCUCCGUUGAAGUACGAUAAUGUUUCAAUGGAUUCUUUUAUCGAUAAUCUAAAGAUGACGACGAUGUUGCACCAAGAAACACAGGAGGAGAAAUUCAUCAAUGAAAACUCCAUUAGAACGUUGUAUCGUCAGUUGUGGAUGGUCGUUGACGAGCCGACCACCGUCAGUGACCACUGUCCAGACGGCCAACUCUGUACUCAGACCUUUAGAAGCCAGGUUAGCAAGUUGAACACGCAGGCUUCGAAACAGCUGGAAACACUACUCGCUCAGAAUCACUUUUACAACACGACACAAUUCAUUGGUAGUCUGUUCCAGCAGACGCUGAACGAGUUGCGACUCGCUGUUUCGAUCUACUCGAACAUUGCCGCGUCCGGGAGUGACUCGCCAGCUGUCAUUGCCAUUGAGUUGAAUCGACUGGCGAUGGCAUACAUGAACUCGAAACCACCUCAAGCCGUCAUAAACAUUCUUCUUCAUCUGUACAAUCGAUUGGUAGCUCUCUUGGGAGAUGUUCCUCCCUCCCUUGUUUCCAAGUAUGCCAAUCUCAACAACGAUAUUAAUAUUACCAAUAACAACAGCAAUAACAGUCAACAACAACAACAACAUAAUAAUAAUAGCUUUGAAAAAUCAAUUGUUGAUAUAGAUUUCUAUGAUGAACGUGACUCUCAACAACAUAGUUCAGCAUCAUCAAGAUUCAACAAACCAGGUUUGAAUAACAAUAGCAGCAGCAAUUUGUUGAGUGGAAGUAUUGCGUUACCAAGUAGUGAGGAUGAACUGGAAGUUGGAUAUAGAAUAUUGAUGACGUUGAAUAGACAGAUCACUUUUAAUUUCAACGAGGAAUUCUUGAUUUGGGGAUACACUAUGAUACAUCCAACGUUUGAGGAUAUCUUCCAGCGUGAAUGGCUGUUGAAGUUGUUCCAUGUCGAUGAGCUGAUGGCUGGACAAGCCAACUCUAUCAACUACCUCCAGGAGGACAUCUAUGUAAACUUAUUGCUCCAACUCGAUUUCUUCAACUUUUCGAAUCUUAUCAACUACCGUCAUCUCAAUAUCCAAGAAAAGAUACUGUUUCCACUGCAAAAGGGUUUGGAACUUUCAAUCCAAUUGAAAAUGACAAAACUAGCGCUGACCAUCGGUAAAAUUGUUUGUUUAAUUAGUUUCUAUUUCCCAGCUGAAAUAGAUCGUUGUAUUACAUUGUUAUUCAAGACGUUGUGGCCAUCUCAACUGAUAUCAUGUACUUUGCUACAGCUUUUCAAUUGGGGUGGAAUGAGUCAGACCUGUUUGACCAGUCUGUUUUUGGAUAUCUAUCAACUCACUAUUCUACCGCAAGAGUUUAGCAAGCAGACUGAGAAUAUCAACUGUUGGCACUCCGACGUAUCGCUCAAUCGUCGUCGUCCAACAUCAGUGCGCUGCUCCUCGAUGGUGGCACCAUUUUCCAUUUGUCGCGACUGA